GCGUGCGUGCGUGCGUGCGUAUGUGAUCAAGGGGGUCCACUGCCCCAGUUCCACAGGAGAAAUAUGUCACGUCAUUUUACUCAUCAGAGUAUAGAUCCCCGGAUGGACGGAGGCAAGGAGAAGAACCCGGACACAAAAGGGGAAGGAAGGGGCGUACAGCCAAAAGUGGAGUGAAGUUGAUGUAGUUGUUGUGUGCACGCAUGUGUGUCACAGGGUUAAGGGUACUUGAGGCUGCUGCGGUGUGUGUGUGUGCGCAGGUGCAUGUGUGUGUCCAUGCAUGUGUGUGUGUGUGUGUGUGUGUGUCAGGGGGUGGAGAGUGCUUCAGGGUGCUGUGGGGUGUGUUGGCCUCUUAAGCCUCUGGCCCUUCGCUGCUCUGGAGAUUUCAGUGGAUUUCUGCUUCAGAUUAAAGCAGACCAAAACAACUCCACAGGAAAACAAUUCCGGAGCUGGACGGAACACACAGAACAGUGUUCAGCCCUUUGGACCGCUGGGUUUCUGACUGACGACACACCAUCCCACACACGGCAGAACAUGGCUCACUAAACAACGAAGGCCUAUUGGAUAGCGAAAGGUGUUGAGGCAGAGUUGGCGCAAAGAGAAGAGCGUAAAGCUAUAAGGAGAGGACGACAACGGAGCAAGGCGUUGAGAAGGGGAACGGGAGAGAGCAGGAAAGUUGUGGAGAGGAAGGAAAGAAGGAGUGUGUCCACUCUUCUCCUGGUUGUCCCGUCAGUGGAGGUCUAGCCUUGACUCCGGUAUCUCUAGUUUUCUCCAGAACAAGCCAAUUGUCAAACGGGAAUACGGUGUCAGUGUCUCGUCUGGUACCGCGAGUCUCGUAGGUUGCUACCUCUCUGGGCUGGACGGACAUUGACAGCAGCCUCCUGUAGUGUGUUGACCAAUCAGCUGGUUGGGGAUAUCUCUCUCUCUGAGCUGCUGGGAGUACAGGUGUAUACCGAAAGUCUCUGGUUGUGGUUCCAGUGGUUAGUCAUGGAGGACUCUGGUUCCUCCAUCACCUCCAGCAUGGCCUCUCGCUGGACACUGCCUGGCUCACACACAGUGUCCCCGGCGGCGGAGAGGCUGCGCUACAUCCUGGGUGAAGAUGACGACAUGCCGACGCCCACUCUGUUUACGGAGAUGGACACGCUGCAGCACGAUGGAGACGAGAUGGAGUGGAAAGAGUCUGCUAGGUGGGUGAAGUUUGAGGAGAAGGUGGAGGAGGGAGGAGAGAGGUGGAGUAAGCCCCAUGUGUCCACCCUGACCCUCCACAGUCUGUUUGAGCUGAGGACCUGCAUCCAGACUGGCAGUGUACUGCUGGAUCUGGAGGGAUACUCCCUGCCACAGAUAGUGGAUGACAUCGUGGACCGCCAGGUGGCAGACGGUCUGAUUGGUCCAGAACUGAGGGAGAAGGUCAGCUUUGUGUUGCUACGGAAACAUCGCCACCAGCAUAAGAAACCCAUCCACCUCUCGCUAGCCGACAUGGGCAAAUCAAACAAUUCCCCCACCAGCCGUAGUCCCCAGUCUGUUCAUAAUGUCAGUCGUAGUAACGUCAGUCGCUUUCCUAGUACAGCCUCUGGCCUCCAUCACUCCACAGAGGACUUACGAGCCAAGUCAGGCAGCCUUGGCCGCCUGCAUCCCGCGCAAAGCCGAAGCAUGAACGACAUUUCAGACAAGCCAAGCACAGACCAGAUGAAAAACAAGUUCAUGAAGAAGAUACCUCGUGAUGCAGAGGCGUCCAACGUUCUGAUUGGAGAGGUGGACUUCCUGGAUAAACCAUUUGUAGCUUUCGUACGUCUGGCCCAGGCUACCACACUGGGAGGCCUGACCGAGGUCCCCGUACCUACCAGGUUUCUGUUUGUCUUGCUGGGUCCUCAUGGCAAAGGCAAGUCCUACAACGAGAUUGGCCGAGCUAUCGCCACGCUCAUGGUGGAUGACUUGUUCAGUGACGUUGCGUAUAAAGCCCGGGACCGGGACGACCUGAUCGCAGGGAUUGAUGAGUUUCUGGAUGAGGUCAUCGUUCUGCCCCCAGGGGAGUGGGACCCCAAAAUACGCAUUGAGCCCCCCAAGAAGGUCCCCUCUGCUGACAUGAGGAAGUCUGUGCUGAACCUGAAUGAGCUAGGCCAGGUGAACGGGACCGGGACAGCUGGGGGGCCAGGAGGAGGAGAGGACGAGGAGAUGCCCAUCCCCCACGAACUGGGAGAGGAACUGCAAUUCACUGGCAGGUUCUGUGGAGGCCUGUGGCUGGACAUUAAGAGGAAGGUUCCGUGGAUCCUUAGUGAUUUCUCCCAGGGCUUUCACAUCCAGUCCAUCUCUGCUGUUCUGUUCAUCUACCUGGGCUGCAUCACCAACGCCAUCACCUUCGGAGGCCUGCUGGGAGACGCCACUGACAACUACCAGGGUGUCAUGGAGAGUUUCCUGGGUACAGCGUUAGCAGGGACAGUGUUCUGUCUGUUAGGAGGUCAGCCUCUCAUCAUUCUCAGUUCUACUGGACCCAUCCUCAUAUUCGAGAAACUGCUCUACGAGUUCUGCAAGUCUAACACUAUAGACUACAUGGAGCUGCGUCUGUGGAUUGGUCUCCACUCCUGUCUGCAGUGUCUGAUCCUGGUCGCCACGGACGCCAGUUACAUCAUCAAAUAUAUCACCCGCUUCACCGAGGAGGGCUUCUCCAGCCUCAUCUCCUUCAUCUUCAUCUCGGACGCCAUCAAGAAGAUGGUGGGCUCCUUUAAGUACUACCCCAUCAACCGUGUCUUCAAGCCCGACUACGUUACCACAUACAGGUGUGAAUGUAUCGCACCUGACCAGGCUGCCGCGAUGGCUUUUAACGUUUCAGUUCCACUCGCGGACGAUAAUAUGACUGAUUUGUAUAACAUAACAGGUCUGGACUGGAGUCAGCUGAGUAAGAAGGAGUGUGUGAAGUAUGGCGGCGCCCUGCUGGGGAACGCGUGUAAGUACGUCCCAGACCUGGCCCUCAUAUCUUUUAUCCUGUUCUUCGGCACCUACUCCAUGACCGUCUCCCUCAAGAAGUUCAAGACUAGCCGCUACUUCCCCACCAAGCUGAGGAAACUGAUCAGUGAUUUCUCCAUCUUCAUGUCAAUCAUGACGUUUGUGGGUCUGGAUAUGCUUGUAGGGCUGGACACGCCCAAAUUAAUUGUACCCACAGAGUUUCAGCCGACACGUCCAGACCGUGGCUGGGUGGUGAUGCCGUUUGGUAAGAACCCGUGGUGGGUAUAUGUGGCCAGCGCCGUCCCUGCUCUCCUGGUCACCAUCCUCAUCUUCAUGGACCAACAGAUCAGCGCCGUCAUCGUCAACCGCAAAGAGAACAAACUCAAGAAAGGUUGUGGGUACCAUCUGGACCUGUUCUGGGUGGGUAUUCUGAUGGCAGUGUGUUCCUUCCUGGGCCUGCCCUGGUACGUGGCUGCAACUGUCAUCUCCAUCGCCCACAUCGACUCUCUGAAGAUGGAGAGUGAGUCCAGCGCCCCAGGAGAGCAGCCCCAGUUCCUGGGAGUCAGGGAGCAGAGGUUGACGGGUAUUCUGGUGUUUGUCUUAACUGGAGUUUCCAUCUUCCUAGCUCCUGUCCUUCAGUACAUCCCCAUGCCUGUUCUCUACGGUGUCUUCCUCUACAUGGGAGUAGCCUCACUCGCAGGAAUACAGUUCUGGGAGCGUAUCAAGCUGUACCUGAUGCCAGCCAAGCACCAGCCAGACUUCUCCUUCCUGCGUCACGUUCCUCUGAGGAGAGUCCAUCUCUUCACCCUGGUCCAGAUUAUCUGUCUGGCUGUCCUCUGGACCCUCAAGUCUACCGUAGCGGCCAUCAUCUUCCCUGUCAUGAUCCUGGGUCUGAUGGUGGUGCGUAAGAUGAUGGACCUGAUGUUCUCUCAACACGACCUGGCCUGGCUGGACGACAUCCUGCCGGAGAAAGACAAGAAGAAGGAGAAGGAUGGGAAGAAAAAGAAAGACCACAAAAGGACCAAAGCAGCAGAGCCGGAGAGCGACGAGGAGCCCAAGAGUCCCCUCCCUCCUCCAGUGAAGAUACCCAUGGACACCAUAGACCUGCCUUCAGCACCUGACCCCUCUGUAACCCCACCCACCCAGCCCCCCGUCUGACUGAGAAGAACGUUUACACUAGUGUAAAUCCAGAUGGAAGUCACCGGAUGCAUCCCCCCCGGCCCUGACGCACACACACCGACUGGGGACUACACUGCCAGAAUGUCCACACCUAUGACUACUGACACACACAUGUAAAAACACACAAGCACGCAUACAUCCACUUACUACUGCCAGCUAGACUACUGACAACUACUGUAUAAUCCCAGGCACAGCUAAUAACUAUUAGCAAACAUCCAUUUACUAUUAGCAUUCUUUACCACUGUUUUUACUUAAAAAUAAAAAAAACGUAAUACACACUGAAUUUCAUAUAAAUGUAUACAAAUAUUCUAUAAAAUGUAGAUAUGAUGUGAUAUUUAACAUGUAAACAUAUGUCUAUUACAUUCAGCUGGAUAGUAGUUAGUUAUUAUACUUUUAAACAUUGUACAAAUCACAGUACGGUCUGGGAGACAUACCCAGACACAUGAAUCACAUGCCGCUCGGAACCAUAAGUCUACUGUCCGAGGCUGUUGGAGCAUAGAUCGCGGUGUGUGGACUGAGGUUUCUUUUCCCUCAACAUAUUCUCUGAUCUCCAGCGCCUGCUUAAAACCACUGAAUGCUGUGUGUGUUUUUUCCUGCGCUAUCCUUUGGCCCUACUGUAGUUUGUGAGGGCCGACUGACAGUCGUUUAGAUACCAGAGCCCAUGCACCUGAAGCCAAUGCAGAAGUAGUUUUUUUGUGUGUGUUUGUUUUGAUGAUGUCUCCCGUGUGUAAUUUAUUCACUGUGUGCCAUGUGGUUUGUAGCAGGAACCUCUUGUACUAAUGUAACGACGACUCUGAAGGCACAGUUAGCAAAGGAAGGGCUAUAAUGUGACGGUAACCCAAUAUUAUAAUGCAGUGUUAUUCUGCAAAUUGACCACAAGAAGCCAUCAGAUUGCUAUCAAUUUGCAUGCCCCACAGACCACUGUCUUUUUCCCCUGGCACUGACUUUGCCGAUAAAUACAUUGUUGAGGGAAAAUGUACUUGAUACCAUUGUGAUGUGUUGUUGUCUCACCUACAGUAGUUAUCUUAAGAUGAACGAACUAAGUGUGAAACUAUGUUUGUGCGUGCUCGUGAGACUGUGAUUGUGUGAGCUCACGAGGGUGAGAGCGUGUGUGUAACCUGGGCUUGUUGCACCUGAAUGUGCCUCCCUCAGAGUCCCUCUGCACCUGAAGAUCUGCACUCUUGUCUCUAUUACUUAGGCAACUAAAUUGUACUGUAGGUUGACAGCACAUACAGUGGGGAGAACAAGUAUUUGAUACACUGCCGAUUUUGCAAGUUUUCCUACUUACAAAGCAUGUAGAGGUCUGUAAUUUUUAUCAUAGGUACACUUCAACUGUGAGAGACGGAAUCUAAAACAAAAAUCCAGAAAAUCACAUUGUAUGAAUUUUAAGUAAUUAAUUAGCAUUUUAUUGCAUGACAUAAGUAUUUGAUCACCUACAAACCAGUAAGAAUUCCGGCUCUCACAGACCUGUUAGUUUUUCUUUAAGAAUCCCUCCUGUUCUCCACUCAUUACCUGUAUUAACUGCACCUGUUUGAACUCGUUACCUGUAUAAAAGACACCUGUCCACACACUCAAUCAAACAGACUCAAACCUCUUCACAAUGGCCUCCGCAAUAAAAUGCAAAUUAAUUACUUAAAAAUCAUACAAUGUGAUUUUCUGGAUUUUUGUUUUAGAUUCCGUCUCAAUUCUAUGGCAACAGCUCUGGUGGAAAUUCCUGCAGUCAGCAUGACAAUUGCACGCUCUGUGGCAAUGUGUUGUGUGAUUAAACUGCACAUUUUAGAGUGGCCUUUUAUUGUCCCAAGCACAAGGUUAAUCUGUGUAAUGAUCAUGCUCUUUUGUCAGCUUCUUGAUAUGCCACACCUGUCAAGUUGAUGGAUUAUCUUGGCAAAGGAGAAAUGCUCACCCUAACAGCAUAACAGCAUCUAACAUCCAUAAACGAAUUUGUGCACAACAUUUUUUACAUGUUUUUUUUGUGUGGAUGGAAAAUUUCUGGGAUAUUUUAUUUCAGCUCAUGAAACGUUGGACAAACAAUUUACAUGUUGCAUUUACAUUUUUGUUCUGUGUGUGUGUCUCUGUCUCUCGCUCUCUUUUUUAUAUAUACAUGUAUUAUAAUAAUAAUGUUUUGGACAUAAAAUUAAAAGUCAAUUUAAAAAAUCAUCUGAAAGUGAUGAUAAUAAAAUAAGAUAAUCUGUUACCAAUUAUUCCCACGCAUAAAUAGAGGCAUAUGUGAUCGUAUCCCAAUGUAAUCAAGGUUUGAAAUUAUUCUGUUUUUGUCAAAUACUGUAUCUGUUUGAGCUUCUUGCGGUCAAUUUUCAGUGUACAAAUUAUGUAUAACUAUGUUCAACUACGUUCAAGAAAAAAUCGAAUCGCGGCUGAAUGUAAUUUGGAACCCCUGGUUUAUAGCAUUUAUUCGUUUUUUGUGUUCAGUGCAUUCACCUUUAUGAGUGUAUGUGUAUACAUUUCAGAGUUUAUUUACUUUGUAUUGUAAAGAUUUACAAACACAUGUUAAUAAAAUCUUGUCUGAA